AUGCCAAGGAGUCUGGGUGUAUGCCAUGUGCUGGCCAUAGUGAUAUGUAGAGUCAUAAGCUCCUUCAGCCUCGAGGCGGCCAAGCUGGGCAAGGCCCGCUCCGUGCUCAAGUUGUUGCAGAAAAUCCUGAAGACAUCUGAGAAAGGAACUGAACAAACUGCUAAUGUCCAUAGUUUAGUCCCUUGUGGAGAUGUGGUUGGUUGCCUGGCUGUUCACGUGAAGUUGUGUAAAGAUUUUACGUCAAAAUUUAAUGUACAGCAUAACACAAACUUGCUGCUUCGCAUUAGUGUUAAUGAAGUUAUGAAAUGCACAAAUCCACAAACUUUCAAAUCACAGCUAAAGAAGAGCAGAAAAGACAUUGUGAUUCAUUUUGAAGAUGUGAAGUAUUUUUCCGUACAGGUUCCAAGGCAGCAGCGGGAUGAACGGAAUAGAAUUAUACUAGAAUUGGUGGGAUUUCAAGGUCCAAAAGACUUUCCAAGGUUACUGGGAAGUGCAACUGUACACCUUUAUGAAGUCAUUAAGAAAGGCCAGUUCACUGAAACAUGUGCCAUGAGGAUUGGAAACAUGGUUUUCUGCACAGCGGAAGUGGAAUUUAUGUUCUGCUAUGGAAGUUUCGGAUAUGGCUACUCGCACCAGCUAAAAUAUCCUGAGGCAGAUCUUCGGAAAACACUUAAACAUUCCAUGUUUAUUCGGAUUCCAACACCUGAAGACAGAACAGAUCCUCAAAGUGAUUUGUUUUAUUGUAGUAAUACUAUCACAUCCCCAGAUCUGAAUGUGACAGAAGAGACUCUUGAGAGGGAUAUUCCCACAACAUCUGGUGUGCCUUCUGAUGGUUUAGAAAUACUUCAGAGUGCUCUGAAUAAAAUGUCUCCUCGAAACAGAUUGGAAAAAAUGAAAAAGGAAUAUCGAAGUCUGAAAACAUGGCCCGAAAAAGCUGAGUAUUUAGACCAACUCAUCAUGAAAAGGGGACCUAAAAUGACUACAGAGCAGAAUAUGGCUUCUCGCUUCAAGGAAAUGGUUGGAAAGAUACAACAUACUGCUGAGGAAGGAAUCGAAAGCUGUUCGGACACAUCAGCUGAUUCAGAGUUACAGGAAGAACAGCUGUUUGGAAUUAAGACUGAACUCAGAGAAGAUUCUGGUCUGUCCUUGAGAAUUACAGAGACAGUAUUGAGAAGUGUGGAAACAGAUUUAAAUUUUGUGCAGGAAUAUGAGGAAUCUGAAGAAAAUCUUUCUAUUCCCGUGAUUGCAGUGUCUGCAUCUACUAUUUCUCAAAAACUGUCAGCUGAGAAAGUACCUGAAAAUCUUACUAGGAAAUCCUCAGAAGAUGAAAGCACAAUUAUGGACUCACAAAGUAUUAUUUCUAUAGCUCUAGAGAGAGAAACAAAGCAGGAAAAUAGUCAUGCCAAAGAAGAAAUAGAAGAUCUGAAACCAGCAGGCAUGUUGUCAAAGGGGUCUGACCUUUCAGGUUUAGAAAAGUAUCCAGUAAUACAAAUACAGUACCAGCAACCUAUUCUUAGUGGAGACAAGUUUGAACCUUUUUUGAGAAAUAUAAGUAGAAUGCAAUCAAAUACACAGAAUGAAAAGGAAGAUGAUCAAGAAGUCCCUAUUUUCACUCUUCUGGAAAGCAAAUUUUCAUGUGUAGAGAUUAAAGAAGACCAAGAUCCACCUUUCAAGGCAUCUUCAGCAAUUGCAGAGAGUAGUUCAGAUGUUAAUUUAAGCAAGAAUGGUCAGCACCUAUCCAUAUUAAAACUUAUAGAAUCAAAGAUGGAAUUAGAGGAGGGUGGAAUUAAUGGUGAAGAAGAAGAGUCCCCAGCACUGGCUAUAAGAACAGAUUUGCCUGAGAAAUGGCAAGAGGAGAGACUUUCAGAAACAGAAAUAGUACGUCUAAACUCUUUUUUAAGUAACACUCUUGAAGACUUUCUUAUAGAUAGACUUAUAAACAUAAUAAUGUUAAAAUCUGUUUUAAGCAAAAAUCUGGAAGUGUUUAUUGCAGAGAAACUUUCAGAAUUAGGUAUAGUCACAGAGGUAGAAUUAGGAGAAGAAUUCCAGAACCUACAGAGGAUCACAGAUGGCUCACCAGUUUUUUUAGAGAGAGAUUUACUGACAAAAAGAAAAGAUACCUUCAAGAAAAUGCUUUCAGAAGCAGAAAUAAUAAAUUUAAAAUCUGUUUUGAGUAAAAACCUGCAAGAUCGUCUGAUAGAGAGAUUUUCUGAAACAGGAAUAAUCACCAAUUCAGAGUUAGGAAAGCAGCACCAGUAUCUGUCAUUACAGGAAAAUAAAGAUAGAUCACCAUUGGUUUUGAUGACUGAUUUAGCUGAGAAAAUGCAUGACAGUUGUGAGCAGAGGCUUUCAGAAAUGGAAAUAAGUCUUAAAUCUGUUGUAACCCAAAAUGUGCAAGAUCUUCCCAUAGCAAGCCCUUUAGAAACAAGGCUAACUGAAGAGAAAAAGUUACUAAAGGAACACCAGAACUUUUCUUUCUCAAGCACUGAGAAGAGACAACCAAAGUCUGAUGCAGAGUUAUUGAAGAAGAGGAAUGAUAAAUCCAGGGGAAAAUGUUCAGAACCUGAAAUAAUAAUAAAAUAUCUAAGUCAAAACUUACAGAACAAUGGCACAAAGAGACAUUCACAAACAGCAAUAAACACAAAGAUGGAGUUAGAAAAAGAGCACCAAAACCACUCAUUACCGAUCACCAAAGUCAGAUUGCCAAUGACUAUAGAGACAAACUCACCUACAAUAGGACAAGAUCAUCACAAGCAGGGUGUUUCACAACAACAAAUAAAUCUAAAAUCUGCUUCAGACAAAACUCUCCAAGAUUCUCUUAUAGAAAGACUUUUGGAAACAGAAAUAAUGAGUUUAAAGGAUUUUUUAAACAAAUGUCUCCAUGAUCAUCUCCUAGAGAAACUCUCAGAAACAGGAUUAAUUAUGGAAGAAGAGUUAGAGACAGUACAUCAGAACUAUUCCUUGAUGAACAUUCUGGAACGACAUCCAGGGGCAUUGGAGACAGAAUUACAUAAUGUAAGUCAAGUUAAUUUUGGUAAGAGUCUCACUAAACCACAUAUAAUAAAAGGAGAACCUGUUUUAAGUGGACCUAUACAGGACUUCCUUCUUGAGGUACUCUCAGAAACAGAAAUAAGGAAUCUAAAGUCAUUUUUAAGCAAAAAGAUCCAAGAUCAUCUUGUAGAACGACUCUCUGAAAUAGGGUUGAUCACAGAGGAAGAAUUAAGAAAGAUACACAAGGAUUUGUUUGUGCUGAGAGCUAACGAAAGACUGUCAAGGGAUGUGGAGUCAGAUUUACACAAGGAAGAACAAAAUCUAAGUCUAAAAUCUGUUUUAACCAAAAACCUUAAAGAUAGACUUUCAGAAACAAAACUGCUACAGUUGAAAUCCCUUUUAAGCAAAAUACUGAAAGAAGGUCAUAGAAACAAACUUUCUGAAACAGAAAUAAAAAGUCUAAAAUCUAUUUUAAGCAACAACAUGCAAGAUCUUCCUAUGGAAUGUAUUUCAGAAACUGGGUUAAUAAAUGAGAGGGAAUUAGAGGGAGUAUGCCAGAAUCUGUUUUUGCAGAAUGCUAAAGGAAAACCACUGAUAGUUACUGAUACAGAUAUACUUCAGAAGGGGCAGUUUCAUUCUAAGCAGAGCUCUGAUAAAUUCACUGUAAUAAAUGAAAAGCCUAUUUUAAGAAAAGAAAAGUUAGAACUUCCUGUAGAGAAUGUUCCAGAGCAAGUAACAUGUGUGGUGCCUAAUCUAAUCAAUGAAGCCCAAACCAACAGUGUAAUACACCUACCUCAAAAUAAUACUUUAGAAAGAGAGAGUCAAGACCCACAAAGUUGUUUUGAUAAAACAGAAGUAGCACAUUCACAGACAUGUUUCGACAAAUCAUUAAAAGCAAAGUUCCCGAAUGAGAAUUUGAAGGGAACACUUGAAACAACAGGGUCUCCUUCCUUAAAUGCCCAUGAUAUUGCUAUCCAAACAGAACUUAAGGAAUAUCUCUGUAAACCAACACUAUCCUUUCCUGUAAACCCUCAAACAUUUAUCUUUGUACAUUCAGGAUCUGAGGAAGAAACUAAGUCACCAGAUAAGUCUCAUGAGAAGUCAAAAGGGAAAAAAAAACGUGCUAAGCGUUCUAAGAAGCAUGCAGCAUCACGUUACCCACCACAGGGACAAGUAUUAAUGUGCACACAGUUUAAAAAGGAAAAACAAAUUGGUUUGAAUAACUGUAAGGAGAUCUUAAAAGAAAAACAAAGAAAACAUUCUGAACCACCAUCUCCAAGAUCAUGUGUUUCAGGAGCCAAGAAGGAUUCAAAACACUCCACACACUCAAACAUUUUGAAAAAGGAAAGCCUGACACAGAAAGCUGAACAAGAAAGAGAGGAUGGAAGACCAAAGAAAUCACUUAACAAGUCUAUUAAGAUACCAACAGCCACAGUGUCUGAACUGCAGCUACAGCACUCUGCAAAAGCAUUGCAAGAAAAAUCAUAUAAUUAUGCAGAUAAAAAAGAAUUAGACAUGGAAAUGUUUAGGCAUCUUGAAAAAGCAGUAGAAAGAGCUCUGUGUGAUUUAGGAAAGGUUCCAGAAGUCAGCAUGAGCCAGCCAUUACUCUCUGCUGCAAGACCACACACUGCUCCAAUUAUUUGCAGUCCAACUAAAGAGACCCACAGAGUACAACCUGCAAGUUCUUACACAACUUCACUUGAUUCUUCUGACACUGAUGAUCCAGGAAAUGCUACAAGUUCAGAAAGUGAUAUUCUAGAAAGUCAAGCACAGCAAGUAGAAAAAGCUUCUGAAAAGUGGGCAGAGUUUUGUAAGAUUGUCCAAAGAAUAUUACAUCAGAACUUGAGACCCCAAAAGGAUGGCUAAUUAACUUAACCACAGAUAAUUGAUAUGGCUAAGAAAAGUCUUAUAUAGGGGAUGUUUCAUCUUCUAACCUUUUCCCCCCACUGUAAUGAUUAAUUAAAUGUUCUUGCCGUAUAUUAUUUGACUGUGUGUAUUCUGUUAUUAACCGGUAUUAAAGAUGCUACUUCUUCAAAUAUCUGUUGCUAUGUAUGCUCCACCAUAAGGUGUGUCCAUGUCUGUGCACUCUUGACUGAAAACUGUAAACAGUGGCCACAAGCCUAUGCUUACACAUAUUGGGGCAUAUAGGGAGUUCUGGAUCUGCCACAACCAUUGUUCUUCUUUGGGUAGUCCCCGUCGGUGCUCCACUUCUGGCGUUG